CAGGGAGAGGAAGAGAAAAAGAGAGAUACACAGACAGCUGGGGUUGGAGUUUUACAGGACAGACAGAGUGAAGCAGAGAGGAACACCUGAACAGGAAGGUACUGUGAGUGAGGGAGCGGGAAACAGACACAGAUUGUUAAAUGCAGGUGGAGUAAGGCAGAAUGGCACACAGCCAGUGGUGUGACAUCAUCCGGGAGUCUGCCUUGGUGUGUGCUGGUGCGUCUCUCUCAUGGGACGGCCCCUCGCAGUACACCAUUUUUGUCUUCAGGUCCGCUUUGAUGUCAGCCCGGGUUCGCAGGCCGGAGCGGCCAAUCUCUCGCCCCUACAGCGGGACGGGCCAGCCAUUUCCACAGUGACCACAAGUGGGGCACACCCCCAGCCCCGGGACAGAACAGCAGCUCUCUUCGGCCAACAGGAACCACAGGCACCGAGCAAGUCAGCUAAAUACAAGGCCCCCAAAGGGGAUCAAGACAAGAUACGGAAAAGGCACCAAGAAAAGCAGGCAGUGCGAGAGACACCCCUGGAUUGCCAGCCAGGGGUCCUCGCAGAAGGUCCGGAGCUGAACACCACCCUGGCCGUCGGAGUGGAGCUAAGAGGCGUGGCUGAGGCGGAGUUUGACCCCAAAAGGGCAGUGCAGGACCAGCUGAGGAAGUCGGCACACAGGAAGAACGCCAUUGAGAUCAGAGCGACUGAGGGAGUGAACAUCCCUCGUUCCCAGCAGCUCUAUCGCGCCCUGGUCAGUGUCAGUGUGCCGGAGGAUGAGCUGAUCAGUGAGGCUGUCAAAGAGAGGCUGCUGCUGGCCCCGCCCCCUCGCGCCCACGGCAACAAGGAGUCUCCAACAGCGGGACCCGACCUCCUACACUUCUACAGCCCCAGCGAGCUGCUGCGAGAGACCCCAUUCCUGCCAGGGGAGGGGGUGACCCUCCCGCGACCCCGUCCCGUGCCCAGGCCCUCGCAGGCAACCUUCGAUCUCUACCACAAGCAUCGGCAGUGGGAGGCAUGACGCCCCCUGUCUGCGAGGGGCUGAGCCGCUCUGACUGAGAGUGUGUGAGCUUUGAGGUGUGAUAGAGCUGUAGUAAGCGGUUCAGGGUCACAGGGGGGACUGGAGUCUGUGCCCACAAGCAGCGGCUGUAAGACGGGGUACACACUGGACCGACAGACACAAACACGCGCACUUUAAGGAAACUCAAGGAAACCCAGGGAGAACACGCGAACUCCCCACAGAUAGCACCCCAGAGCCAGGUCGGGCUCGAACCCAAGGCCCCAGCACUGCAAGGCAGCCAUGAGCCUCUGUGCUACCAGCGUUCCUUUUUCUUGAAUUGCAGAUGAAGUGUACACUUUUUUAAGUCAACUGUUUUAUACAUUUUGUGUCACAGUCUUGUAUAUUUUAUAGACAAUUAUAUUAUAAAUAAAUGUUUUUCACUGAAA